UGACGAGGCAUCUGCAGCUCCUCAUUAGCCGACUUCCAGUCCCCCUCAAAACAAUUGGUGAUUUUCAACGCCAUAUAUUUACUCGACUGCCAAGGCCAUCUAUAUGCAAUUGGUAUCAUGAUGCCCACCCAAGACUACGAGGUACAGACCUGUUCAUCUCUUCGGCCAGCCAGACCGUUGAACCUGUCCCAAAUCCGAGUUUUGAAAUGAUUUGAUACUUGCCGUUGACGGUCUCGCCAAUCUGGGCUGGGUAGAAGCGUUUCGGGUCAUAAUCCGGGUUUUUCUCCUCCUCGAGAAGGGUAUCAGCGGGCAACAAAUGGGCUACUGCAUUCGGGUGCAUGGUCACUCGAGAUGAGAUGCAUCUCCGGGACAUCGUGGUGAGCGCACGGGACCGGAGCAUCAAUUGACACGUGUGGAACUCGCACAGACAUCGAGGAAGCGACAUCGGAUCUCAAUAAACUUGGCCAUAAUAAAAGUUUGCCCAAUUCCGCGGAUUUGGAGAAGUAGGAUGGCCAGAUCCGUGGUUGUACUCUGCCAGGUCCUGGCCAACCUGGAACGCGUCGACUGAGUAAGGUGAAGUGUCAUGGGCCAAUCAGUGGCUGUAAUUCUUCCCGCGCGCGGUUGCGGCCGCUGCCAUGUUGACGACCUCGACAGCAACUGAUACAGCACUUCUCGAUGAUUUUCCAAUGGCAAGCCUUACGGAUUUUCCACUAUGCCACAUAUUUUGUAGGAGGUUGGCACAUACAUACAUCCCUUCAAUCUCGUGACUAACUGUUAUGUCGGGCCUCAAUGACGUCCCAGCCAAGACGGCAUUGUUAAUGGGGUGAAGCUCAUGUCGCCAUAUCCGACGAGUCAGUGUGCUUAACGCAUCUGCUGUAAAUCCCGAACACAUGAUGUGAUUUACAGCAUCAUGCCGCAAUCCUCGACUAGUCGAUGCGGUUAAACCCCAUACUGCCAUACUCGACGCGUAGUCUGCGUCUCAUACUGCAGCUUUUGAUGAAUAGUGUGCCUGCAUCUAAUGUCGCCAUUGUCCACUACCAGUAUGGUCUACAGAUCAUGUUGCACAUCCAGGCACAUCGUGGGAUCUUAAUGCUUCAUGUUGCCAUAUUCGACGACUAGUAGCGUAGAAAAGGCACAUGUUUGCAAAUCCCGAGAGGAUGAUGUGAUUUGACGCCCCAGCUUGGCUUUUUAUGAGAGCUUAAGAGGUUUAAAGCAUCAUCGAAAUCCACCUACCCCUCCAACUGCCCCUCCAAAAACGUCAUAACCCCUCUUCGAAACCCCUCCUCGACCCCACCAUGUCCAACGAAGUCAAAGAAGUCGACGCCGUCGUAGUCGGCGGCGGCUUCGGCGGCACCCGCCUCCUCAACCUCCUCAAGAACAAAGUCAAGCUCCAUUCCGUCGUCGGCAUCGAAAAAGGCGAAUCCCUCGGCGGAACAUGGUACUGGAACCAAUACCCCGGCGCGCAAACCGACACCGAGAGCUGGGUGUACCGCUUCUCGGACGAGCGCGAGCCGCCGAAGUGGAAUACAAGAUACCUGAAGGGUGAAGCGCUGAGGGAGCAGAUCGUCGAGUCGGCGAGGAAGAAUGGGACGUUUGAGGAUUUUAUAUUCGGGACGGAGGUUAGGUCUGCGCAUUAUGAUGAGGGGUCGAAGAGGUGGGAGAUUUCGACGGAUAGGGGGCAUAAGUUCUCUGCUACGUACUUCGUUACGGCGGUGGGGAUUUUGAAUAAUCCUAAUAUCCCUACAUACCCAGGCAUAGACACAUUCAAAGGCCAAGCCUUCCACUCAGCAAGAUGGCCCAAGGGACUAGACGUCACCGGCAAGCGCGUGGCUGUGAUCGGGACCGGGCCAUCAGGAAGCCAGAUCACAGGCGCUAUCAACAAGAUCGUCAAACAACUCACCGUCUUCCAGCAGCGCGCGCAGUACAUCACACCUGUCAACAAUCGCCCUGUGGAUGAGAUUGAGCGCGCGGAGAUUUAUAAAAACUACGAUACCAUCUGGGACACGGUCUUCCAAUCCCUCUUCGCAAUGGGGUUCGUCGAGUCCAAGAAAUCCGCCCUCGAAGCCUCGGAAGAAGAGCGUCGCGAAGUCUACGAGCGCGUCUGGAAUAAGGGAGGUGGAUUCCGGUUUUUCUUCGAGACCUUCGGCGACCUAGGGACGAGCAUCGAAGCGAACGAGACGGCGGCGGCGUUUGUACGCAGCAAGAUCGCGGAGAUUGUUAAGGAUCCCGAGACGGCGAAACUUCUUCAGCCGACGGGUCAUUACGGAGGACGCCCGCUUUGUGCGGAGGGGUAUUAUGAGGCCUUCGCUGAGCCAAACGUCUCGCUGGUUGAUAUCGCCAGCAAUCCCGUUUCGAAGCUCACGGAGACGGGGAUAGAGUUGCAAGAUGGGAAACAGCUCGAGUUUGAUGUUAUUAUCUUCGCUACUGGGUUUGAUAGCGUGGAUGGCUCAUACCGCAACGUUGAUAUUACGGGGCGCGAGGGGGUUAAGCUGAACGACGUGUGGAAAAACGGCGCAACAUCCCUCUACGGCGUCAGCGUCACCCAAUUCCCCAACCUCUUCCUCGUCAGCGGCCCCGGCGGCCCUUUCUCCAACAUCCCCCCCUCCAUCGAAGUCCAGGGCGAUUUCAUCACUAAACUGAUCCUCGAGUCCCAAGCGCGGGGCACGAAGACGGUAGAGGCGGACAAGGAGGCGCAGGGGAAGUGGGACGAGACGGUGCAGGCGAUCUCGGCGGUGACGAUCUUUAGUAAGGUGAAGAGCUGGGUGCAGAAUGAUAAUGUGGAGGGGAAGACGAAGUAUAGUGCGUUCUUUUUGGCGGGGUUGGGGAAUUAUAUCGCUAAGUUGGAGGAGGAGACGGGGGGGAAGUAUCCGUCGUUUAGGUUUGAGUAG